GGUAGACUUGAACCCAGCCAUCUGCAGUAGCCUUUAAUAUAAAUGAGUUGCCUUCUCAACCAGGUGAGAUGUAACAACACCCACAGGGGAAAAGGGAAGCUGCUUUUUAAGCCUAUUGUAACAUGAAAAUUGAUUAAAAAUCAUCAGUGAUUCCAGUGGAGUAUCAGUGUAAGCAUAACACACGAUUUCCUAGUAUUUGUAGAUAAUUAGAUUAUUUUCCGGUUAUUAAUUUGCACUGCUGAAAAACUGCUGUGAUGAUCAAAGAGUGAAUAAAUUUAACUAGCUGGGGUCUGGAUCGUCAGCUUUGUGAGUUCAGUCAAAGUUUAAAAAAAUCAAAUGUGGUCAAGUAUUUGUUUUGUUCUGGGGGGAGAGUUUCCAUUUUUCGUAAAUGGAAGAUUUCAAAUGUGUGUAUUGCUCCCUUUACAGAACAGAACAAACUGCCUGUAACUGGAGUGAAAAGGGAAGGAGACACCAGUGCACAACUGAGCUACAGGAACACCAAGUCUGGGAAACUGAUGCCUCACAGGUGUUCUGGGAAUCCAUCCUACUCGUUGUACAUCCUACAUGCGCACAACACCAAAUUAAGUAGCAAACGGUCCUACCUUUAUGAAUAUUAGCUAGAAAAAUACUCUGACGGGUAAAAUGAAGUGCCAAACAAUGCUACCUUUGUGAAUGUUACCUACAAGCAUACUUUAACGGGUAAAAUGAAGUGGCAAACCGUCCAGGCUUUAUGAAUAUGAGCUACAAGCAUACUCUGAUGGGCAAAGCUAAGUGGCAAACCAUCAUAUCCCACUUAAAUUUGUGCUGGAAUUACUCUGUGACAGUAGAAAUGUGCAUAAACUACUUACGGUAGGACUUUUUGCCAAAAUAGGAUGGUUUGUCAGAACACCGGCACUGAAGAGGCAGCAGCAGUGAAUUACAUCUCUGCUGGUUUGGGAAGGGAGUAGUACACACUAAUGAAUGAAAACUUCACUUAAAAAAGUCCCCAUGAGAUGGCUCAUAUUUCUUAGAGAAAAAUAAUUCUGAUGAAUAACUUAAGUGAGCAUGCAAAGACCAGAACCAUGUAAGUAGCGCAUAAGGCUAAUAUGAUCAAUAAGACAAUUAACUCAGCGAACUUGGGCAAUGAGACGUGUAGUUGUAACCUACAUGAGGCCUUUUGUAGAGAUAAAAUAAAUAAAAGGUGCUUUUUGCUUCAUAAAAUAACAUUUAUUUGGAGUGGUGGAGUAGGUCAGUAUCCCUUUAAAAAUGCAUAUGUAUGCCCUAAGAUGUCAACUAUUUGUUUUAAAUGACUGAGCUGAGCAGACUACACUGUGAGUUGUGUCCAAGAAGGAGCAUGGCUUUAAAGAAAACGUGGAAAUGUGCUCAUUAUGCCUAAACUGCAGUGACAUUUAAGGUGCAGACUUGGUGGACCUGUCUGUGGAAAAUCCCAGUAGAAACAAAGAGUAAAGUGAAAAUCCCUUUGGUGUUCUGUAAUUGCGCUAAAUGUCAGAAAACGGACGGCAAACUGUGUCUUUGAAUGUGAAACCUGUCCUUAAUGAAGCAGCUCAUUUAGCGCGCUUUGAGCCAUAAAAGGCAGUGGAGGAAUGAAUGGUCCUUUUGAGAACAGCCGGCAAGCCUCACAACAUUGCCGCCUCUAACACAUAAAUAUAAAGGUAUAUUUCUGAAAGAGAGAUUGUGAAGAUCAGUAGUACUCUGGGCCUAUUUAUGGGCGGCCAUGUGCGGGAAUGCCACACUGAGUGGGGAUGAUGUGAAUGGUUUUAGAUGUUGCCUCCUGCGGUGCCUUGUUGUAUCCAGGAGCCGGGCCCUGGAAUGCGGAGACCUGUGGUCACAGCGAUUCAGACUGCUCACAAAAGACAGUUGGGAUGCUAUUAUUAGUGCCACCAUCCAUGUAUACCUCUACCAGUCUGCAAUGUCAAAAACCCUCCUUUGUUUCUCUAAUCCCAGCAUAUCUUCUAUGCUGCAGAGAUGCAAACUCUGAAUGUGUCCGAUAUCCAGCUUUAAUACGUAUAAAAGUUAUUAUAGAGAUUUGUGGCUCUGCUUUUCUCUCUUGAAUUCGCAUCAUUCAGUCGUGACUGCUGUGUUUCAUCAGGGCUGUCAGCAGGAGGGAUGAUGUUUUAAGACUGAGUCAUGAUAUGCGAGCCUUGCUCAUCUUUAAAUACUCUCGGAAGUCGUUCAGGUAGUAGUCAUUGGAAGUUGUCGCAAUAAAUUUAUAAAGAAGAGGAAGUCCUCGCAGCUUUCAUACUCAGCUGCCAAGUGGCCCAAAGUCUCAUUAUCCUGUAGAUCAUCGUGGUGUUAAAGAAAAGGGGGGAUCAAAGGCUCAAGGUCUGGCCCCCAAACACUCCUCCCCCACAUUUAGCGCACACCACCUGGGGAGCUGGGAAUGACGAUUAUGUUUGCUUGUUCUUUGUUCUGAAAUAAAACCGUUAAAGUCCAGAAUUCAUUACAUUCACAUUUAUAUUUGAGUGCAGAAAAAAGGAGAGAGAGAGAGAGCGCUGAAACCCGGCCACUUUCUCCUCCUCAUCCAUCCUUCAUGCCUGCGCUCUCUGCUCGGGGCUGAGGGGAAGAUCUCGUAGAUCCGGACGGAGAGAAGCCCCUCCCCGCAGAUCACUGCACUCCUCGAUGGUCCUUUUAACUUCAUUGCUGGAGCAGAAGCAACGCCCCGAAGGAUCAAACACCCCCUCUGAUCAGCACGACCCUCACUUUUGUUCUCAUGGAAAUCUGAGCCAGCCUCCCGGCCACACUGCAUAGAUCCAAAGUUAAAGGCGCAUUCCCGGCCGGGACAGCUCGUGAUCAUAAUGUUUCGGUGGAGCUGAUCGUUUCUCCCCGUGUGCGUGUAUUCUUUGUCGCUGUUUCUUGCCGCCGCUCUCUAACCGGACACUUUUUUGUUUUCCUUUCCAACAUGCUGGAUUUGACGCAGCGCAUUGUUUUCUGCGCGCUCCUCGCCUCCGUUUACGCGUCUUGCCCUCCGCGCUGCGAGUGCUCAGAGGCGGCUCACACCGUGAAGUGUGUCUCCAAAGACCUGCAGAGUAUCCCGACUGGGAUCCCGGGAUACACGAGGAAUCUGUUUAUAACGGGGAAUCAGAUCAGCCGGCUCGGUCCGGAGUCGUUCAAAGGGUUGGAGAAUGUUACCAACCUAUCUCUGAGCAAUAACAGAAUUUCUGAAGUGGAAUCCCUCACCUUCAAAGGACUGCACAGCCUUCGCUCUCUGGAUCUGAGCAACAACCAGCUGGCUGUUAUUUAUCCCGAGGCCUUCGCCGUCCUGAACCAGUCUCUGCGGGAGCUCAACCUGAGCCGAGCCCUCUACAACCACUCUGCGGUGACCAACUUGAGCACGGCUCUCCGCUGGAGCUCUCUGGAGACCCUGAGAGGACUGGACCUGUCGGACAACAGUCUCAUCUUUUUGCCCCCUCGCAUUUUCUCCUACCUGAGCAGCUUGCGGAGGCUCCAGCUUUCCAACAACUCCCUGGUGGCCAUCCAGAACUCCACCCUCUCGGGUUUAGAGCAGCUGGAGGUGCUCGACCUGACGCUCAAUGCCCUCAAGACGCUGUCAGAGGAGGGCCUCCAAGAGCUGGACUCCUUGCCCAGAGCUGCUCUCCUGCUGGGAGAGAACCCGUUCACGUGCACAUGUGGAAUUGAACCUUUUGCACAGUGGCUCAACAGGUCACAGAAUCGCAUAAGAGACGUCGAGAGCCUCACAUGCGCCUUCCCGGCCAGCAUGAGAAACACGUCCUUGCUUGCCAUGGGGACGAUGACUCUGGGAUGCCACGAAAGAGAUGCUGCGGCAGACCUCGCUCUGCAGACCUCUUAUGUCUUCUUGGGUAUAGUCCUGGGCUUCAUCGGCCUCAUCUUCCUCUUUGUACUCUACCUCAACCGCAAAGGCAUCAAGAAGCGCAUCUAUGACAUGCGAGACGCCUGCAGGGAGGUGUGGGAAGGCUACCAUUACCGCUUCGAAAUGGACUCUGACCCCAGGUUAUCACAAGUCUCCAACAGCGCUGAUGUGUGAGAGGACAUUUUGCUGUAUUUUCUGAUGAGACAGACUUUCUCACCCCCACACACAUGUAUCAGUAGAAAAGUGUAAAAAAUGUACAGAUGUGUAAAUAUAUACAAAGCAACAUGUUCAGAGCCUUUGAGCCAUGGUGACUGAAGCAUGCACUGCCCAUCUCUCCCCAUUUAAGCUGAACUAUCGCUAUUCCUUUGCUGUCCCGAGUGGGCACGAUUGUUCCAAAAAGACUAUGCUGGCUGACUUUUCUUAUAUCUGCUCCUGCUCUUUAUGUACUCCACAAAAGUAACAGCAAGUGCCUAAAGUCAGGUAUUGUUUCCCACAUGGCACAGUCAUUCAGUAUUUAGCUGUUUGAAAAGAAGCAACAAAACGCUGCCAUACAAACUCAACACUAUUAAAACAAACCUCUGGGAAUUUAAAGCACAAUCACUCAUUCAUCUUUAAACCAUUUCACCCCCACCUCCUCCCUCCCAGGGUGCUGGAGGGGAAUUAAACCACCAGAAAGCUUUUCCAAAUGCUCUCCUUUAAAAAAAAAAUAUCACCGCUCUGCUCCUCUUUGGCAGUCGGAUGAGAGGGAGGGGUGGACAAUCCAGCGCAGACCAGCGGAAAUCUUCCGGCCCCCUUUUUCUGCUAUUUUUUUUUUUCAAUGAAAUGUCGCUUUGUGUCAAUUCCUUGAGUUUUAUUGUCAAAAUGAUGAGAACCAGUCCCCAGGCCCGAGGCCGCUGAAAGCAGUCUCCCUCCCUCUCUCCCUCCCUAAAGACAACAGGCUGCUCUGGAGGCUCUUUGAAAGAAAAGUCUGGCUCUCCACAUUUUUCUGUUUAAGGGAUUUUUUUUUCUGUCUUUCCGAUGAUAAGAUACAGAUGAUUCUGAAACACCAGCUACAUUGUUUCAUUCAGCAGUUUGCUCUGACCAGUUAAGGGCAUUAAAUCUUGUGAAAAGGAUGAAAGAAUAUGCUCUUGGCUUUUAGUUUUUCAUUUCGAGAGAAGUGUCCUUUUAGGGGAAGUUGUUUUUCCAAUAAUUCUUCGUUCACCUCUUUAACAUCCAGAAGGUCACCAGUAACCAUCUAGGGUCAGGGGUAGGUUUAUGGUUACUUUACCACCACCCCCCACAAACCCUGGGCUCAAACCCUACCCCUGACACUUAGGUGGACUGCUGAUGAUGCGGUGGGGGGGGUUAGAAAUUAAACAUAAAUGUGCAUGCAUCUCAAUCCAGCAUGGUCAAAAUAAAUCAAAAUGUAUCCUUACAGCAUAUUUAUUUCAGCCAUUCUCGACUUUAUAGAAGACAAAAGCGCUUCUCUCAGGCCUUCUGAGGCUCCAAAUUGAUACAAACACACACAGAGCGGAUGGCAAGCUGCCAUUCAUCAGUUUGUUUAUUACCCACAUUUCUAGCUGUCUGUGGGGCAAAGGAGGCCUGGAGUUAAGUGAAACAGCCUCGCCUUUGUUUGAUGCCAAAGUAGCAUCUUCAUCCCAUCAAGAUGUUCUCCAUACUCCCCUGAUAGCGGCCCAGAAGCGUUUAUAACCUGGAACCAGUUCACUGCAUGUGGAAUGACAAAGCAUUAGAAAGUUGUACAUGUCUACUGUCAUUUAGCCCAAAUGUAAUCUUGUGCGUUAUGCAAACAGCAGAAAUGAACGUACUGUUAAUGUCCGGACCAAACUCCCGAGGUAUCAUUUCUCCCGAGCUGCGGCACCACAUUAAGCCGGGCAUUUACUCGGCGAGGAGAAAACAAUUGAGGCUCGUACGCCGUGCACAAAGGGACGGCUCGGGUGGCGAGACGCCUCAAAUGAGCUUUGUUUUCCGGCGCUGAAAAGACGCCUUGUUGACACUCAUUCUGUUUCUGUUUUCACAGACGGCCAUUAUGCUGUCACGUAAUAGGAUUCACUCACGAUGACAAAGUCGAGCGCUCUGAUCCAGCUAUUGUUCAAGUGUCAUCAUUCCUAAUAAUCUCCUCCUGGGGGGAAAAUCCCGGGAAAAGUUUUCAUUUGGCAUUACGCAACGUGUCACAACCGGGGCAUUAAGCCGGCCACGGGUCAUUGGUGUCAAUUUGCAAGACAGAGAGAAGAAGAAUGAUUCCCUGCAUGUCAUUACUUCUGUUUUCACUCAUUAAAGUGUGGAUUUGAA